AUGAACCACUCAGCCCCUGUGGAAGUCGCAUACAGGAACAUGAGAUUUCUUAUUGCACACAAUCCAACCAGUGCAACCUUAAACAAAUUUAUAGAGGAACUUAAGAAAUAUGGCGUUACCACAAUAGUAAAAGUGUGUGAAGCAACUUAUGAUACUGCUCUUGUGGAGAAAGAAGGCAUCCAGGUUCUGGAUUGGCUUUUUAAUAAUGGUUCAUCACCGUCUAACCAGAUUGUUGAUGAUUGGUUAAAUCUUGUAAACAUCAAAUUUCGUGAAGAACCUGGUUGUUGUAUUGCUGUUUACUGUGUUGUAGGUCUGGGGAGAAAACGGUGUGGAACUUUUAACAGCAAGCAACUUUUGUAUUUGGAGAAAUAUCGUUCUAAGAUGCGGCUGCACUUCAAAGACUCCAGCGGUCAUAGAAACAAAUGUUGCAUUCAAUAA